CGCUUUUAUUCACAUAAGCCUUACUGAGCUCUCGGCCUCUCGCUCACAUUGAUAAAAGCGUGGUGAUUUGGAUUUGGAUAUGAAGUCCAUCUCACUCCCAUGAGCUGAUGAUGUGUCGUAAUAUGUGAAACCACUGGCAUUAAACAAUUUGAAGUUAAGAGGGCAGAGGCUCAGAUCGCACUUGGGUGUGCUCAGCAGCGAAAGCCACGGCACUAUGUUGCCUUCUCUCGAUUUCAAUGAUAUUAAAGAAAAGUUCUCCACCCAUGUCAGACCUUGGCACCGCUCCUUGCAGUUCUGGGUACGAGCCGUUGAUAUCUACACUGGGUACAAGGUGUUUCAAGUUCGAGUGAGUUUCGAGAAGGAUAUGCAUAAGCAAGAGGCAAUGUGGGAAAGACAGCAUGAGCUUGCGGCUGAGAAGAUUUAUGCCAUGUGCUCCGACCUCGGUGGGUUUUUCCUGAAGAUUGCUCAAAUUGUGGGGAAGCCUGACUUGGCCCCGGCCCCUUGGGUGAGAAGGCUUGUGACCCUAUGCGAUCGAGCUCCUGCAACCCCUUUCGAUGAAAUUCGACUUGUGCUGGAGCAAGAGUUGGGUCGGAGUGUUGGCGAAGUAUUUGAAAGAUUUGAUGUGGAUCCUCUUGGUUCUGCUUCCAUUGCCCAGGUUCAUCGAGCAAGAUUGAGAGGUGAUAAGAGUGAUGUUGUUGUCAAGGUGCAACAUCCAGGAAUUCAGGAUCUGAUGAUGACAGAUAUCCGUAACUUGCAAGCUUUUGCCUUAUACAUGCAAAAGACAGAUAUCACAUUUGAUCUGUACUCGGUAACUAAGGAAAUGGAGAAACAGAUUGGGUAUGAAUUUGACUUCGUGAGGGAGGCUAAUGCAAUGGAAAAGAUUCGACAUUUUCUAUACGAGAAUAACAAAAAGGCUCCUGUUUUGGUUCCAAGAGUGAUACGGGACAUGGUCGGCAGGAGGUUCUUAGUGAUGGAAUAUUUUGAUGGAAUUCCAAUCCUGAACCUUGGUGAUGAAAUGGCAAAAAGAGGAAUAAAUCCUGGUGGUAAGAUUGCAGCAGUGGCAAAGCAGAAAAUCCUUCAAAGUUUGACACUAGCAUAUGGGCAAAUGAUUCUGAAGAGUGGCUUCUUCCAUGCAGAUCCCCAUCCAGGAAAUAUACUAAUCUGUAAAGGUUCAGAGGUUGGCUUGCUGGACUAUGGGCAAGUGAAAGAUCUCCCAGAAAGUUUGAGGCUUGGUUAUGCUAAUCUUGUUCUUGCCAUUGCUGAUAGUGACCCUAUAAGAGCAUCAGAGAGCUACAGGGAGCUGGGAAUUGAUACCUUAAGCAAAUGCAAAAAUGAACUAGAGGAAUUGCUGAAGUUGGCACAGACGAUGUUUGAUACAAAACUACCCCCUGGAGUGAUGAUGCUGCAACCUUUUGCUGAAGAAUCUUCAAUAAAAAAGAUUGGUGUUCGGGCUUUUCCAGAGGAGCUGUUUUCUGUACUUCGGACAGUGCAUCUGUUGAGAGGACUUAGUGUUGGUCUUGGAAUCAACUACUCUUGUGCAGAACAGUGGAGACCCAUUGCAGAAGAAGCUUUGUACCGUGCCGGCAGGUUAAAAGGUAAGCAUAUCAAGCCCAGCACUCGAAGACGCAGUUUUUUUAGAAGAUUAUUUUGAAGACACUAACAGGCUUGUUGACCUGAGGUAGGCAUGAGACAAUUUGGAGUUGUACAUGUUUCUUUCUUGUUUGUGAUUGUAUUAAUCAAGAGUAAUGCUACUUGUAACAUCUAUUUUACAUUGACUGACAUAGCGUGUUUUAAGUGAUUUCUAAUGUCAGUCACUUUUUUUUUUUU